UCGGAAGCCCCAGCGUGGAGCUGGGGACUCCCCGAUCCUGGGGUCUCUUGUACCUUGGGGACCCUUGCACCUUGGGGACUCCUGCAACCUGCAGCCCCCUGUCAUCAAGGCUGCCUGACAGCUCCCCAUCUACAGCAUGUCCUCCGCGCGCCCUCGCGGCCCCCACGGUGGGGCGAGUCUCGCCCCUGAGGUGAGGGGGCUCGGCCCCUCCACAACCUCCGCGCGCUGUGCCAUGCUGUCCCCGUUGGCGGCGUGACGAAACUCGCUUCGGGGAGGACACCCAAGAUGGCUGCCGCGGGAACAGGCCACAGCGCGGGGGGCGCGAGCGAUUGGUAGGUGACCAGGUGGUCCCGACCCCCACGCUCCUUAGCUCUCGGCUUCCGUGCCCGGUACAGAGCUGGGCGAGGGGUCAGAGAGACCACCGGCCCCUGUCCUGGAGCUCACUAUUUAGCGGGCAGGAGAGAUGCAAUCCAGGACGAUGUCUGGAAAAUUGCCACCAAACCUUAACAUCAAGGAGCCUCGAUGGGAUCAGAGCACUUUUGUUGGACGAGCCAAUCAUUUCUUCACUGUAACUGACCCCAGGAAUAUUCUGUUAACCAAUGAACAACUAGAGAAUGCAAGAAAAACAGUACAUGAUUACAGACAAGGAAUCAUUCCUCCAGGUCUUACAGAAAAUGAAUUAUGGAGAGCAAAGUACAUUUAUGACUCAGCUUUCCAUCCUGACACUGGCGAGAAGAUGAUUCUGAUAGGACGAAUGUCUGCUCAGGUUCCAAUGAACAUGACCAUCACGGGAUGUAUGAUGACAUUUUAUAGGACUACUCCAGCAGUGCUUUUCUGGCAAUGGAUAAACCAGUCCUUCAAUGCUGUUGUCAAUUACACCAAUCGAAGUGGAGACGCUCCUCUCACUGUAAAUGAAUUGGGAACAGCCUACGUUUCUGCAACAACCGGUGCUGUAGCAACAGCCCUAGGGCUGAACGCCUUAACCAAGCAUGUCUCACCACUGAUAGGACGUUUUGUCCCCUUUGCUGCUGUAGCUGCUGCUAAUUGCAUUAAUAUUCCAUUAAUGAGGCAGAGGGAACUGAAAGUUGGCAUUCCUGUCACAGAUGAAAAUGGGAACCGCUUGGGCGAAUCAGCAAAUGCUGCAAAACAAGCCAUCACACAAGUCGUCGUCUCCAGGAUUCUCAUGGCGGCCCCUGGCAUGGCCAUCCCUCCAUUUAUCAUGAACACUUUGGAAAAGAAAGCCUUUUUAAAGAGGUUCCCAUGGAUGAGUGCACCCAUUCAAGUUGGAUUAGUUGGCUUCUGUUUGGUGUUUGCUACACCCCUGUGCUGUGCUCUCUUUCCUCAGAAAAGCUCCAUGUCUGUGACAAGCCUGGAAGCUGAGUUGCAAGCGAAGAUCCAAGAGACCUGUCCUGAAUUACGGCGUGUGUACUUUAACAAGGGAUUAUAAAAAGGAGGAAAUCAGACCUCUAAGGCUGAUCCUACAGCCUGCAAACCUUGUGUCACCAUGUUGGUGAGGAAAACCCCAUUCCACCUGGGUUCUCCUGGUUACAGAGACAAUUCAAAGCUCCACAUUAUUAGCCUUUUCAAGGAAAGCUGCUACCUGUAGCACAGCACCUGGUGCAAGCCAGGAACCUGACACCUGUUGGCCAGUACAUUUGAAUCAUGUUUCAGUUUCCAGAUAUACCAUUCUGUUAGCUUUUAUGGUCAUUGUUUUUUUAAAGUCAAUAUCCCCACCCUCACCCGGGGUGUUAAAAAGCACUGCUAGGCAUAGAGUAGGUGCUCUAUAGAGUAUUUAUUGAUUAUCAAUCAGUGAAAAAGAAAUCUAUUUAAAAUAUUGAAUUUUCAUCCCAGUUGUGUUUCAGAUCAGGAAGUUCGUUCCCAGCCGUGGCUUGUGAAAAGACAAAAAUUCUGAAGCUGAACUGUAAAACUUACCUUUAUAUAUGAAGGGUACUUUGCUUCUCUUUGGGUAGUGAGCAGGUCCAAAGUAGAUGUAUUUUCGGGGGGGGGGGGGGGGACCGGGAUUUGUAGAGUGAAAUCUCCUUCCCACACCUCUGAAAGUCAUCGUAAUAAAGCAGCAUGGCAACCCUUCCCUGCUGUCCACAUUCACGGGCAUUCAGAUGGUUGGUGGAUUUCUUUGGUUGAUUUUUAAAUUCACUCGGUUUUAAAUUCUCAUGAAGAUGUUAACCUUACCUUGUACUUACUGACUGUGCAAUUAUUUACUUUAAAUAAUCUGAAAUUUACAAAUGUCAGCAUUUGAAAAUACUCAGCACUGUGUGAUGGGGUUGAAUCUGGUUUGUCUAAUUUUUUAGAAGCGAGAGCACAAGUCCAGCUGCCCUUAGCUUUUAGGAAGAUGCAGAGAUAAUGUGCUUAUGAAACAGCAACUAAAUGAAUCUUACUUGAAUGUUGUAUAUUACAUUGUUUCAAAAUAAUGAAUCCAUGUACCACUGUUUACAUCAUCUGCAGUCAUUUCACAUAUAAUUCAUUUAAUAACACAAAGAGAUUAGGUUUCAAGUAUGUAGAUAUUCAAAAUGAUAUACAAGGUAUUUGUUUCCUGGAGUGUAGCUCACUGUCACCUUUAAGUGAAGAAAUGUAGAAAACUAUUUAGUUUUGACAGAUUUUCCUGACAAUGUGACCGGACUGAAUUUCCUCAUAAAGAAAAAAUGGUGUGCCUUGUGUCUGUGUUUCUCUUUUCUCUGAAAGGAUUAAUGGAUCUGAAGCUUUGGGUAACCGAGCCUGCCUUUAAGCUGCCAGAAUUUUCUCGUUUAGAAUUUCUAUCUUAAACUGUUUAAAGCAAGAUGGCUUCCCCAUGUCAUUCUGACCUUGGAAAGAUUUUGUUGCCGUAAGUGGUAGAAGCCUGAAAUUUGAGGCAGAUCUCCAUGAGGAGCUUAAAGGGCACUUUUAACCUCCUCUUCCCCCCCCCCCCCAAAAAAAGCAGCAUUCCAAACCCUUGCUUUUCUCACCUCAAUUACCCCAUCACCCCAGCUAAUCUUAGAAUUCUUAUCCCCAGUGAGCUUGUAGCUCCAUUGCAGAAUCUUAACCUCCUUCUUCAUUGAAGUUAACAACCAGUGGAAAGAUCAAUGAACUAACUAACCAGGAACAUAUGACCAAAGCAGAGUUACAAAGAGGAUAGUGAACGUGGAGAUGUGUGUCUUUUUAAAGAUGAUUUAUUAAAGCUUCAGACUCUUAAUGCUUUUAUAUAGAAAUAUUAACUGUAUAGUUUAAUCGUGGUUUA